AACAUAUUAUUACAUUAUACUAAUUAUCUGUGAUAAUUUAUUAUAAAAUAUAAUGAUUAAUAAAUAUAAAAUGCAAUAUUGUAAUAAUUUGUAAGUUCAAUCCAACUCUGUUACCAAUAUAUAUAUAUAUUUUUAAUUGUUGAUUGAUCGUUUAAAACAAUGGAUAAUCAUCACGUUGAUGGUGUCGGGAGAUUUUCUUUGUUAGCACAAGGCGCAUUAGACGAAGUUCCUUCAGAUAUUAAUGUUGGUGUAAGAAAAUCGGAAAAUGAAAAUUCACCAGUAACAUUUGAAGAAGCCCAGAAUGAGUCUGGAACUGGAAAAUAUCAAAUAUUGUUAUUGAUAGUAUGUGGUUUAGUAAAUAUGUCUUGUGCUAUAUCGUCCACGGCUGUAUCAUUUAUUUCACCAGCGGCUGAAGUAGAUUUUGAUUUAAAUUCAACUACCAAAGGAAUAUUAAAUGGAGCUCCAUUCCUCGGAAUGGUAUUAGGAGCAUAUUUCUGGGGUAUUUGUGGUGACAUAAAAGGAAGACGGACCGUUAUCUUGGGAUCAAUGGGAAUGGAUACCUUAUUUACAAUACUUUCUUCUUUAGUACAACAUGUUGAAUUGUUUUUUUUAAUUAGAGUAGGAAACGGAUUUGCCAUUAUUGGUGCUUCUUGUAUGGUUUAUGUGUACUUUGGCGAAUUUUUAACACCUUCAAAAAGAGACAGUUAUCUACUUUUUCUUGAAUUAUUUUGGGCCUUUGGAAUGAUGGUUGCACCUGGCUUAGCUAUGGUGAUAAUUCCGAGCAAUAUUGUUUUCUUUUCAUCUAUAUAUUUCAAAUUUAAUGCUUGGAGAUUUUUUAUACUUUUAACGUCAAUACCAAGUUUAAUUUCAUUCAUAUGGAUAUAUCAAUAUCCAGAAACUCCACGGUUCUUAAUGUUUCGGGGUUAUUUAAUUAAAUCUAGAGAUGUUCUUGAACAAAUUUAUUUAGUAAAUAACAAAUAUACAACUAAACCGUAUUCGGUGCAAAUUUUCACUCAAACCCAUUCAGCAAUUUGGUUUGAUGCAGGAUUUAUUGGAGGCAUUCCAUUCAUAAAAAAUGUUAAAAGAAGAUUAACUGUCCUAAAAAAUGGUCAUAAAACAUUAUUCUCUAAAUAUUUCAGAAAUAUCAUUGUGGCUUGUACUAUAGAAUUUUGUUUAAUGGCAUCAUAUAUUACUAUUCUUGUAUGGGUACCUGAAUUAUUUUCUAGAUACUCUAAUUAUAAACAACAAAAUACAGAUGGAGUAAAUUUAUGUACUGCUUCAGAAUGGCAUUUAGUAAAUUAUUCUAUGUUUGCUGGACAAACAGUUUCAGGCAAUGCUUAUUUAGCUGCUUUACUUGUGGCAUGUUCAUCGAUACCUCUAGUUCUUCUUACUGGGAUCAUAAUUAAAUAUUGCAACAAAAAAAUAUUACUAUCUAUUACUUGUGGAGUUCCAGUUGUGUUCGCAUUAUUGGUUACAAUAACCCAUAAUGAUCUACAAGCAGAACUAAUGUGUUGUCUCUUUGAAGGAUUUACUUCAUUAACAGAACCUAUUAUAUUUUGUACUAUUGUUGAACUAUUUCCAAGUAAUGUGAGGGGAGUGGCAUUCUCAAUGAUUGUGAUGACUGGUCGAUUAGGUGCUAUAUUUGGAAUAAUUGUUUUCGGAAUAUUGAUUGAUAUAAGUUGUAUUAUGACAUUUUAUGCCUUAGCUUUAUUACUACUAAUUGCAUUUUUAGCAGUGGCGUUUUUACCCAAACUAAAAAUUGGUGGUGGUCAUUAGGAUAUAUUUUCAUCUAACAAUAUUAUAUUAUAUAUUUCUAAUUUUCAAUUAAACUUAAUAUAAAAUAAAUUUUUAUUGAAAUUAUUGUUGUUUUUUUCUUAUAACUCAAUAAUACUACAAAAAGUCAAUAUACUAGGUAAUUAAAUAUUGAAAAAAAAAACAAAUUCACAAAACGUUAUUUUUAGUACUAUGUAUUUUUUUAUAACAACCUUACUUAUUCUUGUUUAGUAAUGAAAGAUACAUAAACCUUUUGUAAAAUUAUAAUUAUAAAAUAAAAGGAAAAAUGUUAUGGAUUUUAGUCUUUUAUUUAACACAAUUGAGCAAAAUAAGUUGCAAAUUCAUAAUAGAUUAACAAUAGUACCAUGAAAUUAUGACACUACCAUUAUUAAAUUUAUUAGUCAUUUAAAACUAAAUGACAAUUUUUGGUAAUGAAAUAUAUAAUAUACUAAUAUGAGUAGUAUGUAUGUUUCAAAACUAUUUUAAUUGUUCAUGGCAAACAAUUUUAGGUAUAAAAAAAAAUAAAAUGUAUAAUAUAAUUUAAAUUUUUAACACAACAACAAAAGUUUUAUUGUUUAAUAGUUAGCGUUUAUUUAUAAUAAUCAAAGGUGAAAUUUUCAAUUCUAUUUGUGGAUAAAAUGUGUACUUCAUGUAACAUUAGUUCAAUACUGAACUAGUUGUAAUAACUCUUAAAUUACCAUUUACCAUUAACAGGUCAAUGAAAUGAAAAGAAAAUAAUAUUAAUAAUAAUAAUAAAAAU